AGUGAAAAAAAAAAAAAAACACCAAACCAAAACAGCAUUGUCACAAAGUCACCGUGGGAGUAGGGGUGUGGAAGGGCAGCAGUUUCUGCUCGGGGACAGAAUCUGCUGCUUAACCUGAUUGACAAGGCUGUCGUGUUAUGACGACCCCCAACAAAGGAAACAAGGCCUUGAAGGUGAAGCGGGAGCCAGGCGAGAAUGGGACCAGCUUGACAGAUGAGGAGCUGGUGACCAUGUCCGUGCGGGAGCUGAACCAGCAUCUGCGGGGCCUGUCGAAGGAGGAGAUCAUCCAGCUGAAGCAGCGUCGGCGCACGCUGAAGAACCGGGGCUACGCGGCCAGCUGCAGGGUCAAGCGCGUUACCCAGAAGGAGGAACUGGAGAAGCAGAAGGCAGAGCUGCAGCAAGAAGUGGAGAAGCUGGCCUCCGAGAACGCCAGCAUGAAAAUGGAACUCGAUGCUCUCCGCUCCAAAUACGAGGCUCUCCAGAACUUCGCCAGAACCGUGGCCCGGAGCCCCGUGACCCCUGCGCGGGGGCCUCUCUCCUCCAGUAUGGGGCCCCUCGUCCCUGGCAAGGUUGCUACCACUAGUGUCAUCACGAUAGUGAAAUCCAAAACGGACGCCCGGUCUUAGUGAAGCGAGUGUUGCCUGAGCUUGUCUGUGCAGGGCAAUUAGGCACAAAACCAGCCUGGAAUCCCCAAAGCACAAACCCUCCCCGCACGGGUCCGGGUUCCUUCUACUUGGCCCAGGACUGGCCUGCUGAUCACUCCAGUUUUGUUUUGUUGUGUCCAGAUUGGUAUGAGCAGUGGUGACGCGUCCCUUGUCCUGUGCAGACGGAGCCUCCCGCCCCACGCUCUGUAGCCCUCGGGACAGACUGCGAGAUCUUGGUUUUUCCAGCCAAAGAAAGUCUGUGCAGCGUGGCCGACGGCAGGGCCAGA